UAUUUGUUGAGGUAAUUGUUUUUUUGGCCUAAUGCAUGAGGCUGUACGUAAUAAUCAUCUUGAGGCGGUGAAACUGUUGGUUAAAAAUGGUACAGAUAUUUCAUAUUCUGCUAAUUGUGCUGGUGAGACUCCACUGUACAUAGCUGUGGAGAGAAAUUAUAAGCAAGUGGUGUCUCACAUUUUAGCCAACUGCACAUCAUUAACUCAUGAUGGCCCACAUGGUGGAACCACGUUGCAUGCUGCAGUGAUUUGGAACGAUCAUGUAAUGACAGGUGAAAUUCAGAAAAAAAUAGAACCUAAAGCACUAAGUGCUUUAAUUAAUCAAAAAUAUAACCAACGUUUGACUCCGCUUCACUGUGCUGCGUACUUCAAUGGUUAUAGUACAACAGAGAUGUUACUGAGAAUUGAUAGAUCUAUGGCAUACAAGAAAGACACCAAGGGCAUGACGGCCCUUCACAUUGCAGCUGAUCGAGGCCAUGUAAAAAUGGUGAAAGAAAUUUUAAAAUAUUGUCCUGAUUGUAGCGAACUAGUUGACAAGAGAGGUUGGAAUGCACUUCAUUUUGCCGUGAACUCAUCUCACAAGGAUGUUGUCAAUGUCAUCCUAAACCGAUCAUCACUCAGCAACCUUUUGAAUGAAAAGGAUGAAAGCGGGAACACACCUCUCCUCCAUUCCAAAUCAUUGCCAUAUAUAAAAGAUCUCAUGUGUCACGACAGAGUAAAUAAGAUGGCCUUCAAUUCAAAAAAUCUUGAUGCUUACGACAUUGCUUUAACUAGUGAAGAAUUAACAAAAGAAAAGGAAUCUGUAAAUCAAAGGAGUGCAACUAGGUUUCGAAGGUCAAAGUCCUGCCCUGUCAAAUUUGGAGAUAAUGAAAUUGCAUUCCCUCGUAAUAAUCGUCCGGCGGAAUUUCGAAGAUUCUUAGGAGAACAUUAUAUCAAACCAAAGAGUUAUGUAUUUGAUUUCUUGCGGCUGCGGGAGGAAGCCUAUAAUUCCCGUAAAGAUCGAUUUGUUUCUAUCAUGAAAGAAACAUCGCAAUUCCAUUUGGUAGUGGACACACUCAUUGCAACCGUGACUUUUGCAGCUGGUAUUACCGUGCCUGGGGGCUUCAUAGGUCGAGAAGGCCCACACCCAGGCACUCCAGUUCUGAUGAGAAACCCUGCUUUCAAAGUAUUUAUUAUUACAAAUACCUUAGCCAUGAUGCAAUCUUGUUCUGCUGCCUUUAUCCACCUAUUCAAGCCACUAUUGUUUCACGAGCAGAAUCUUGGAGACUUUUCUUUCCUAGUGGCCUCACUGGCCUUCUGCCUUUCCAUAUCUGCUAUGGGAGCAAUGAUGCUGGCAUUUGUUAUGGGCACAUAUGCUGUGUUAAUGCAUUCCUUGGGUCUUGCCAUUGCCAAUUCUGUCAUCGGAUUGUUCUUCUUCAUCCCCGUCUUUUUCGUAAGUAUUGGAUGUUCACAUUAUUUACUCGAACUAUUGAGGAUGGGUUCGUCUUGGAUUUUUGACAGGUUUUCGGAUUUCUGGGACUGUAUUGUCGAAGGUUGCGAGGACCUUUGUGCGUAUAUUGUCUAUAUUUUUAAUCGCUGUAGAUGAAUUAGUUUUUUUUUUUUUUUUCAUUUCCACGUGCUUGCGAGCCAGUGUAGUAUCCGGAGACUGUUACGUACUUGUUACAACAGUUUCAGUUAUUGCAUCCUCACGCUUUGAUUAAUU